AUGUCAUUUCGCAACCACAAGGGAAUAGGCGUGGCAGCCUUGGUGGCCGUGCUCUUAUUUGUCCUUGGAAUUUUGAUCGGUUUCUUCUCAACGACGACCUAUGGGCCAGACUCCGGCUCAUGCCCGGGUGCUGGGCUGCAGCAGCUGACGAGGGAGGCAGACCCCGGUACCACCGAUACUCUCCUGACCUUUAUUGAUGCACAACACAUGGCCAAAGUGUACAGAGAGCUGACAUCCAAACCGAGGCUUGCCGGAACUGACAGUCAACGGGAAAGCGCAGACUACGUGCACAAUCUAUUCCAAGAAUACGGUCUGACGUCACAGAUAGACACGUAUGACGUGUUUUUGUCAUACCCAAUCAAAGGACACAACAACUUUGCUGCUGUUAUAAGCGAAAGUGGAACUAUUGAGUACCGUACUCUGUCUCUAGAGGAGUUGACGCGGGAUGAUACUAGACAUCCGGACGAAAUACAGGCCUUUAAUGCCUUUUCUCCAAGCGGUGACAUCACAGCUGAGUUGGUGUACGCUAACUAUGGAAGGGCAGAGGACUUUGAUAAACUCUGGGAACUUGGAGUCAAUUGUUCCGGUAAAAUAGUAAUCGUUAGGGAGAUGGAAGCAGAGGAGGUUUUACCGGAAUGGCGAGGGAAUCUUAACAUCACGUACAGGGUCGGCCCAACGUUACGGAAUAACAGGAAAAUCAGACUUGUGGUCGAAAAUGAGAAUCGAACAGUUCCAAUACACAAUGUUAUCGGCAAGAUCACUGGUGCUAUUGAACCAGACCGCUACGUCAUAUUUGGUAACCAUAGAGACGCUUGGGUCUAUGGAGGAACCGACCCAGCUUCCGGUGGGACCGUUCUUAUGGAAAUAGCCCGGAUAUUUGGAAAACUACUAGAAACAGGUUGGCGACCAAGAAGAACUAUCUUGUUUUGUAGCUGGGACGCAGAAGAAUAUGGACUGGUCGGUUCUUACGAAUGGGUGGAGGAAAAUCUAAAAUGGCUGACAUCAAACGCUGUGGCCUACCUCAAUAUCGAUUCUGCUGUAUCUGGUAACAAGUCUCUAUUGCUUCAGACAGUCCCCCUGUUACAGCAAGUCUUCUUUGACGCUACCAAACAGGUACCAGACCCUCACGUUUCCGGUCAGUCCGCUUAUGAUGUGUGGCGAGGACAGUUGGACAAACCAAGAACAGAAAGAGUCGGUUCCGGAAGUGACCACACGCCUUUCGUAGCCAAUGCCGGAGUUCCGUCAUUUUAUGCGACUUUUGCUUCUGCGGAUGAUUGGAAUUCGUCCAUUACGCCACUGUAUCACACCAGAUACGAAACUACCAAUACGUUAUUGACGAUAGACCCCGGAUAUAAAAUUUCCGGUGCCAUGGCGGGAAUUCUCGCAGAGACGGGCAGACGACUCACAGAUUCACUUGUACUUCCGCUUGGAGUAAGGGACUACGCUGAGGAUUUGAGGGCGUCUGUGGAUUCGUUAAACUUUUCCGUAUCUGGAAUCGUCGAAGAGAAAUAUAUAAAGGGUGUUCUGAAGGGAACUGAAGCCCUGUUCGAGGCUGUUGACAAGUUUGAGAAAGAAAAAGAAAACCUCGACCUACAGAAUCCUCUGGCGAUAAGGAAUCUCAACGACAAAAUGAUGGCCUUAGAGGGGGCGUUUCUCGAUGUAAAUGGGAUUCCGUACCGUCAACAUUACAAACACCUCUUGCAUACGCCCAGCGCUACGAACCAUUAUGGCGGUCAAGGUUUUCCUGGGGCGGAGGAUCUCCUGUUCCGAUGGAAGCACAAUAGCACCAGAUCUGCCGUUAGGGAGCUCGAGGGACAUCUCUCCGUUAUUGCGCAUGCUCUCUUCUCUGCGGCCAAAGUCCUGGUUUGUUAGUCGCCAUCAACGACUGGAGAAACUCAGAGAUCCUUUGCAAUAAUUUCAGUCUCAUACUUAUUUUAGUAUGAAAUAGUUAAAGUGUAUGUAGGGGAUAAAUAAUUCUACUGGUGAAUUUAACACCAAUUUCAUUUGGUCACAACUCCGACAAUGAGGCUUGCGUCAAAAAGUGAAAUAUGGUAUAACUGAUUGUUCUUUUUUAAAUGGCCGCCGAUUUUUUUAUUUUUUUUUAAUUAUUGUAAAAGAAAGUUAAUUCUACAAACAACAGGCAUCUAGUGUUUUUGGCACAUUCUUCAGAUGCAUGUUUG